AUGUCCUCACUCGGCUCUGGAGCGCCCUUGGGGCGCAAUUCCCAGCCCAGCUGCGGCCCCCCAGUGCCAGCCGCACGGAAUUCCCUCCUGGCACAGCCUCUCCCUCCGCCCUGGAGCCGCCCCCUCGCCCUGCUGGGCCCGGAGGACGUCGUGGAGAGCUGCAGCGGGAGCUGCUGCGAGCUGGGGGUGGCCCUGCUGGAGCGCUCCCGCUCGGGCCCCGACCCGCAGCUGGUGCGCAGGAUCGUGGCCCAGGUGGAGUUCUACCUGUCCGACGAGAACCUGGCCAAGGACGCCUUCCUCCUCAAGCACGUGCAGAAGAACAAGAUGGGCUUCGUCAGCAUCAAACUGCUCACCUCCUUCAAGAAGGUGAAAUACCUGACCCGGGACUGGCGCCUCACCCUCUACGCCCUCAAGUUCUCGGCGCUGCUGGAGGUGAACAGGGAGGGCACCAAAGUCCGGCGGCGCCUCCCCAUCCCCGAGGACCUGCUGAGCAUCCCCCCCAGCAAGCUGCUGCUGGCCUGGGAGCUGCAGCCGCGGGAGCAGGACCUGCCCGUGCAGAAAAGCUUCCUGGACACCAUCACCAGGAUGUUCAGCCCCUUCGGCGCCAUCGCCUCCAUCCGCCUGCUGCGGCCGGGCCGCAAGCUGCCCGCGGACGUGCGCCGGUACUGCUCGCGGUUCCCCGAGCUGCUGAGCCGCUGCUGUGCCCUGGUGGAGUACGAGAGCCUGGAGAGCGCCCGCAGCGCCGCCGAGAGCCUGGGGCACGGCGGCUGGCCCAGCGGCAGGGUGGUGCGGCUGUGCGGGAAGGGCGGCAGGAGGAGAGCCGGGCAGGAUUCGCCGGCCCGGAGCUUCCCCCGCGGCCCGGGCAGCGCUCCGCAGCCGGGCGAUGCUCCCGGGCUUCUGUCCCUCCUCCCGAGCCAGGAGCCGCCGGCACCGACCUGGCCCGGCGGCGACUUCGCGCCGGGAGAUUCCAGCGCUUUUCCCGGCUCGCUGCUCGCCAGCAAGGGCUUCCCUCCGCUCGGGAUGGGCACCGAGAGCCGCCCGGGCUCCUGGACACCCUGGGGCAGCGCUGGCCUCUGUCCCAAACCCGCCCCCAGCGAUGGCCAGUGGGUGCCCGAGCCCCUCGGCCUGUGGGACGGGGUCCUGCACCCGCCCCACGGCCCCGAGGGCGCCCAGGGCUUCGGCAGCAGCUUCGGGAGAGAAGAGCUCGUCCUCCGGCGCUGAGAUCUGUUCCAAUUCAGGGUUAGGGCUUGCAAUUGUCUUUCUUUUCCCUUCUUCUUUUGAGUGGAAGACUUUUCUCUGGUCCUGUGGGCAGUGGCAGUGCAGCUGAUCCAGGGGACAGAAGUUUUGGGGCAAGGACAAUGCUCGAGGCAGACGCUGAGCAGCAGCAGGGGCUGUGCUGUGCUCAUGCCAGUGAGACUGUGCUUGCUCAGGGCCCAGAGCCGGGUUUGGGGUCCAGGUUUUGGAUGAGAAAUGGACAAUAAAGAGAGAUUAAGUUUCCAGGCA